AUGGCUUCAAACAAUUGUUUUACAUCAUUGGCAGACAUCAAACCAUUCAAGACGUCAUGGAAAAUAAAAGUGAAGAUCAUCCAUACCUGGAAACAGUUUACAACCUACACAGGAGAGACCAUCGAGAUGAUUCUAGCAGAUGUUGAUGGUACAUUAAUCCAUGCUACAAUCAAAAAACAACAGUUGAAUAAAUUUCAACGCUUCAUUGUUUAUGGAGAAUGGAGAAUCAUUGAAAACUUUCAACUCACACGAUCUGCUGGAAAGUACAGAGCAACCAAGCAUACUUACAAGAUGUCGAUUAUGAAUUCAACACUCAUAUCGAAAUGUCCUUCAUUGUCAAAUGAUUUCUUCUUGGAUUUAGCUACCUUUGAUGAUAUUCUCGCUGAAGAUGUGUUGAAUGAACACAUCCUGAUUGAUGUCCUUGGUCAGGUUGUUGCUGUUGGUGAGAUGAAAACAUCAUCUCAAAAUGACAAACCAAAAAAAAGAUUGGAGAUUGAACUUAGAGAUACCAGCGAUCAGCGGCUACAAUGUACUUUAUGGGGCAAGUUUGCAGAUUCAAUGUGGGAAGCUACCAGAAAUGGAGCUGGUGGAUCAGUAAUUUGUUUGCUACGUUGUGCUAAAAUCAACACUUACAAUGGUGAGAGAUCAGUUACAAAUGCAUUUGACAUGUCUCUCAUGCAAAUCAACUCAGACCACACCGCUGUCGGUGAUUUUAUUGCUGAUUUACCCAAAGAUGAUUUGCAAAUUGUCUUCCUGGCUAAAGAAUCAACAGAUCGGAUCUUGAAAAAGGACAAGGAUGAUUACAUCAACCAAUAUCCAAUGAGCACCAUUUCCGAUCUGUUGGAAGCUACUUCGGAAGGAAAGAUGAAGAUAAUGGCAACCAUAUAUAACAUAGAUAUGGAAUUUGGUUGGUAUUAUUUUACCUGUCUCAAAUGUAAACAAACUUGCUACUUGAUCCCAAAAGUUGAGAAUGUAACUUACAGUAAACCAAGAAAGCCUUUGUUUUACUGUAAAACAUGCGUGCAAGAUGUAACCAAGGCUGUUUCCAGGUUCAAACUGACUCUUGAUGUUAUGGACAACACCGGGGAGUCAAAGUUCAUCUUAUUUGAUACAAAUGCUUAUAAGAUUGUGAAUCAUACUACAACUGAACUUUUGGAAGGCAAUUAUGAUGAGAUAUCAGACCCAAAAGAUGUCCCACUCGCUCUUAAGAACUUAGUUGGAAAGACAUUUAAGUUUCUUGCAUCAAUUCACACUGCAAACAUCACAGAAGGCAAAGAAAGUUACAAGUGUUCUUAUGUGGAGAUGGGUGAUUCUACAACUAAUGUGGAUAACAUAGAAGAUUCUGAAAUUCAAGCUGAUCCUAAGGAUGUGAUUUCUAUGGACAACCAGUGUAGUUCAAGAAGCAAUGAAACAAGGGAUGGUAAUGGAACUGCUACUACUACACCAUCAUCCAAACGUAAAGAAGACCCUACUGAUCAAGCAGAACAAUCAUCAACUUCUAAGAAACUUUGUCUACCAUCAAUAAAAAGUGCUAUUGAAAGUGAAAAUGUCGAUGUGGCCAAUGCAAAUGUGGAUGAGGCCUCUGAAUCAGAAGGAGAAGAAGAGGAGAAGAAGAGGAGAAGGAAGACUAAGUUCAUUAAACUUAUUCAUUUUCAGAAACUUUUUUAA